UCCCAGUGUCCACCUCGCGGUCUUGGUGUAACUUCUGCAAAGAGAAUGGUUUGGUGAUGGCGUUCUCCCACUGACUGAUGGACGCAAAGACGAGAAGCUCAACAGAGGCAGAAGGAUCCAAAGAGAGAGGCCUGGUCCACAUAUGGCCGGCAGGAUCCUUUUCUGUAACACCGGAGAGGUUGCUAGGCUGUGGAGGAAAAACAGUUCUUCAAGCAGCCCUGGGAAUAAAACAUGGAGUUCUUUUGACUGAAGAUGGUCAAGUCUACAGCUUUGGGACUCUUCCCUGGAGACAUGAAGCAGCAGAGAUUUGUCCAAGCAACCCCCUGCUAGAACAUGCCCUGGCUGGACACUAUGUUGUUACGGUGGCGACAGGGAGUUACCACAGUGGCGCGGUGACGGAAAGUGGCACAGUGUACAUGUGGGGGGAGAAUUCGGCUGGCCAGUGCGCAGUGGCCAACCAGCAGUAUGUGGCCGAGCCACAGCCCGUCAGCAUUUCUGACUCGGAAAGCAGCCCUUUGCUGGCAGUCAGGAUCUUGCAGUUGGCAUGUGGUGAGGAACACACUCUGGCAUUGUCCAUCAGCAGAGAGAUUUGGGCCUGGGGUACUGGCUGUCAGCUGGGGCUCAUCACCUCUGCUUUCCCAGUAACAAAGCCACAAAAAGUAGAACAUCUCGCUGGGCGCGUGGUGCUACAAGUGGCCUGUGGUGCAUCCCACAGCUUAGCGCUUGUACAGUGCCUCCCUUCCCAGGAUCUGAAGCCAGUCCCAGAAAGAUGCAACCAGUGCAGCCAGCUCCUAAUGACUAUGACUGACAAAGAAGACCACGUGAUUAUAUCAGACAGCCACUGCUGUCCGCUAGGUGUGACACUGUGCGAGUCCCAGGCAGAAAACCACGCCAGCGCGGCCAUCACCCCCUCCAGUCUUGACGCCCUGGGGAACCAGGCAGAUGUGUUUGAGAGCACCAGGGGAGAAAAGGAGCUGCCUGUUGCUGCCGAGCUGAGUGCCACAAGUGUUCAGACCACCAGUGAUGAUGCCAGCUCCUCCCAACUGGACAUGAUGGGGACAGCUGAAAUUUCUUCUACCCGGAAUAUACCAUCAUACCCUGACACCCAGGCAGUAAAUGAAUACCUGCGGAAGCUGUCUGAUCAUCCCGUGAGAGAGGAGGCGGAGAACAGUGCAAAGUCGGUGCCGUGUCAGCCUCUUGUAGAAGAAGCAGUUCCUCACCUUCACAGCCCACCAACCACAAGCACCUCAGCCCUAAACAGCCUAGUGGUCUCGUGUGCAUCUGCUGUGGGUGUGAGAGUGGCUGCUACUUAUGAAGCUGGGGCCUUGUCUCUUAAGAAAGUGAUGAACUUCUACAGCACAGCCCCUUGUGAAGCUGGAGCUCAGGCCGGCAGCGGCAGUCCCCUAGGCCCAGAAGGACCGAAAGAUAGCCGCGAAGAACAGGUGAAACAGGAAUCAAUGCAAGGAAAGAAAAGCUCAAGUCUUGUGGAUAUCAGAGAGGAAGAAUCAGAGGGAGGCAGCCGAAGACUCUCUCUCCCAGGAUUGUUGUCACAAGUCUCCCCCCGGCUCUUAAGAAAGGCUGCUCGGGUGAAAACGCGGACAGUGGUUCUGACCCCCACAUACAGUGGAGAAGCGGAUGCCCUCCUGCCUUCUCUGAGAACAGAGGUGUGGACGUGGGGGAAAGGGAAGGAAGGGCAGCUCGGGCACGGCGAUGUUCUGCCCAGGCUUCAACCACUGUGUGUCAAAUGUCUGGAUGGUAAAGAAGUAAUCUAUGUAGAGGCAGGUGGCUACCAUUCUCUUGCACUUACAGCGAAAUCCCAGGUCUAUUCGUGGGGCAGCAAUACCGCCGGUCAGCUUGGACAUUCAGAUUCUCCAACAACGGUCCCUCGGCUUGCAAAGGUAAAUGGUGUAAGUGGCACCUGGAGUGUCACGGCAGGCCCAGAUUAUUCCCUGUUUUUAGUGGACACAGAAGAUUUCCAGCCUGGAUUAUAUUACAGUGGUCGACAGGUCCCGACUGAAGGUGACAGCCUUCCAGAGUCUCAGAGUGGCACUAAGAGUCCAGUACUUCUCUCCUGUCAUAAGCUUGGGUAUAUCAGCGGAGUGACAGCAGGAAAAGACAACUUUCUAACCUUGGUGGACAAAAAUAUUAUGGGCUAUAUUGCCAGUCUCCAUGAGUUGGCUACUACAGAAAGACGGUUUUAUUCAAAACUGAGUGAUAUCAAAUCUCAGGUUCUCAGACCUCUUCUCAGCUUAGAAAAUCUGGGCCCUGCAUCAACAGUCCAGCUGUUGCAGGAGGUGGCAAGCCGAUUCAGCAAGCUGUGCUACUUAAUUGGUCAGCAUGGAACCUCCCUGAGCAGCUUCCUCCAUGGGAGAAAGGAAGCCAGGAGUUUGGUCAUUCUGAAGCAUGCAGGUCUCUUCUUGGAUAGCUACACAGAGUAUUGUACAUCUAUUACAAAUUUCGUGGUCAUGGGAGGAUUCCAGCUUCUUGCUAAGCCUGCCAUUGAUUUCCUCAAUAAAAACCAGGAGCUAUUACAAGGCUUAUCUGAAGUGAAUGAUGAAAACACGCAGUUGAUGGAAAUACUGAAUACGUUGUUUUUCUUGCCAAUCGGACGUCUCCAUGAUUAUGCGAAAAUUUUGCUAAAGCUUGCUACGUGCUUUGAAGUGACCGCUCCAGAAUACCAGAAGCUGCAGGACGCCAGUUCCUGCUACGAGUGCCUUGCACUCCACCUCGGCAGGAAAAGGAAGGAAGCAGAGUACACCCUCGGCUUCUGGAAGACCUUUCCUGGGAAGAUGACGGAUUCCUUGAGGAAGCCAGAGCGCCGCCUGCUGUGUGAGAGCAGUAAUCGAGCACUCUCUCUGCAGCAUGCCGGAAGGUUUUCUGUCAACUGGUUCAUCCUCUUCAAUGAUGCCUUGGUCCAUGCCCAGUUCUCCACUCACCAUGUUUUCCCUUUGGCUACGCUGUGGGUGGAGCCACUUUCGGAGGAAGCCAGUGGUGUGAAUGGCUUAAAGGUAACUACGCCAGAGGAGCAGUUCACGCUCGUUUCAUCAACGCCCCAGGAAAAGACGAAGUGGCUGCGGGCUAUAAGCCAAGCGGUGGAUCAGGCUUUGAGGGGGACGUCCGACCUUCCACCUUACGGAAGUGGCAGCAGCCUGCCGAGGCAGGACCCGCCGAUUUCACGCAGUGCCAAGUACACUUUCUACAAGGAUCCUCGCCUAAAGGAAGCAACCUAUGAUGGGCGCUGGCUUUCAGGGAAGCCUCAUGGCAGGGGGGUUUUGAAGUGGCCCGAUGGAAAGAUGUAUUCGGGCAUGUUCAGGAACGGCUUGGAAGAUGGGUAUGGAGAGUACAGAAUACCAAAUAAGGCAUUGAACAAAGAAGACCAGUAUGUGGGCCACUGGAAAGAAGGGAAGAUGUGUGGUCAGGGAAUCUAUAGCUAUGCCUCUGGUGAAGUGUUUGAAGGCUGCUUUCAAGAUAACAUGCGUCACGGUCAUGGGCUCCUACGAAGCGGCAAAUUGACUUCCUCUUCUCCCAGCAUGUUCAUUGGCCAGUGGGUGAUGGAUAAGAAAGCAGGAUAUGGGGUCUUUGAUGAUAUCACUAGGGGAGAGAAGUAUAUGGGAAUGUGGCAAGAUGACGUGUGUCAGGGGAACGGAGUGGUCGUUACCCAGUUUGGAUUAUACUACGAAGGCAACUUUAGCCUUAAUAAAAUGAUGGGAAAUGGGGUUUUACUUUCUGAAGACGAUACUAUCUAUGAGGGAGAAUUUUCAGAUGACUGGAAUCUUAGUGGAAAGGGAACACUGACUAUGCCAAAUGGAGAUUACAUUGAAGGCUUUUUUAAUGGAGAAUGGGGAUCUGGGAUAAAAAUCACCGGAAGCUACUUCAAACCCAGUCUGUAUGAAAGUGACAAAGACAGGCCCAAAGUUUUCAGGAAACUAGGAAACCUGGCAGUGCCUGCUGAUGAGAAGUGGAAAGCUGUGUUUGAUGAAUGUUGGCGCCAGCUGGGCUGUGAGAACCCUGGCCAAGGGGAUGUUUGGAAAGCAUGGGACAAUAUUGCUGUGGCCCUGACCACCAAUCGGCGCCAACACAGAGACAGCCCAGAGAUACUGAGCCGCUCGCAGACUCAGACCCUGGAGAGCCUGGAAUUCAUUCCACACCAUGUUGGUGCCUUCUCUGUGGAGAAAUAUGAGGGCAUCAAGAAAUACUUGAUAAAGGCUUGUGACACUCCCCUGCACCCCCUGGGCGGGUUGGUGGAGACCCUGGUGGCCGUGUACAGAAUGACGUACGUGGGUGUGGGAGCCAACCGCCGCUUGCUGCAGGAGGCUGUGAAGGAGAUCAAGUCCUAUCUGAAGCGAAUUUUCCAGCUGGUGAGGUUCCUAUUUCCUGAACUUCCUGACGAGGGCAGCACAAUUCCUCUCUCUACUCCCUUGCCAACGGAAAGGAAGGCAUCCUUUUGCACUGGGAAGUCAGACUCCAGAUCAGAAUCCCCGGAGCCAGGUUACGUGGUAACGAGUUCUGGAUUGCUGCUUCCUGUGCUCCUACCUCGGCUCUACCCACCACUGUUCAUGCUCUACGCCUUGGAUAACGAUCGGGAGGAAGACGUUUAUUGGGAGUGUGUUCUGCGGCUCAAUAAACAGCCAGAUACUGCUCUUCUGGGCUUUCUUGGGGUGCAGAGGAAGUUUUGGCCAGUGACGUUGGCAGCCCUUGGAGAGAGUAAAAAGGUUCUGCCAACCACGAAAGAUGCUUGUUUUGCCUCGGCAGUAGAAUGUCUACAGCAGAUUAGCACGACAUUCACUCCAUCUGACAAACUGAAGGUCAUCCAGCAGACGUUUGAAGAGAUCUCUCAGAGUGUCCUGGCCACACUCCAGGAAGACUUCUUGUGGUCCAUGGAUGACCUGUUUCCAGUCUUCCUGUAUGUGGUGCUACGAGCCAGGAUUAGGAAUUUAGGCUCUGAAGUACACCUUAUUGAGGAUCUAAUGGACCCGUAUCUUCAGCAUGGGGAGCAGGGUAUAAUGUUCACCACCUUGAAGGCCUGUUACUACCAGAUCCAGCGUGAAAAGCUUAACUAGGCUGCUGUUGAGCCUGAGAACUGGGUUGACUGCCCAAGGGCUACAGCGCCACCUGGCGUUCUGUAGUGGGAAAAGGAGCAGCGCUGACGUGGAGGAGGACACUGUUCUUCUGGUUGUUAUUUCUGGGCCUGUUAUGAACGGUCAGAGCCCUGGCCCGGGGAAAACAACUGUCCAGUUUAAAGGGAGGCUUGAAAAGAAUGUCACAAUCAGAUUAGACCAUGUAUUGGCCUAUGUUAAGUUUCAACAACAUCAUCCAUCUACUGUUAGAAGAAAAAAAAGAAGAUACCUAUUUCUAAAGUAAAAGGCACGCCAACUACACAGUCUUAAGAAAAGGUUUCAGUCUAGCUUCUUACAUUAAAGAAGUUGAUGAGUAGUUCUGAGAUUCGGGUUUACCCGAAUCCAUCGGCGGUUACCCCUCAUUUCCCUUUGCAAGAGGCCAAUUGGACUGGAAACUACAACAGCCACAUUCUGCCUGCUGACAUCCCUGCGACCUCAUGUGCAUCGGGCUCCUUUGCUGAAGGAAAGAAAGCGGACCUUUCAAACUGCAGUUUUAACUUCUCCUGAGCUUUCCCCUCUUCAUGACGGGAAAGGCUCUAUGCUGUGACAACUCUGCCCUGACCCCCGAACAUGGAAUGUGUCCACACAGGAGCCCUGCCUCCUGGCUAGAAAGAACGUAGGAGUGUUGCUCUUGGUCUCCUCACUGUGCGAGGAGAGAGCCAAGUACACUGGAGUUCAAACGCUGGCGCUGAGCUACUGUAGAACCUCUCCCGGGUGCAGGCCUGCACGUGGGAGUCAAGAGCCGCAUGCAGACUGGGCCGCACCCCCACCCCAACGGGACUGCACCAAGGGCUGUCCAGAAGCUGAGAAGCCCAGCCAGUGCCGUGCUUCUUCCUGUACCUCACCCUGAAGCCACGGGGGAAGGCAAAGUGAAACACGCUUUGGUGUUUCCCAUCUCCGAAGUAUUGUGACACCUCAGAAUUUCAGUGUUUUGCAUUUUGCUUUUUAAACAGAUGUUCCAGUGUGGUUUGAAGUUGUUGGUUUACACUGUGUAUGUAACACUAGAAGCUGUUUUGAAUAACAUGGGUGCUCAUCUCAUCUCAUCUCCUACCCCCCAUGGGGGUGGGCGGUGGGCCUCCUGACUAAUGUCAAUCGACCCAGCUCAUGCUAACCACUUUGGAAAAAGGAUCAUGGUUUCUGCUCUACUUUAUAAUCAAGGCAAGUGUUUAUUAACAUCCUGUUUUGGAAUGUCGGCUGUAAGGUAGCAGCCAUUUUCAUAAUAAAAUAAAUUCAUCUUUC